UUCCAUCGAGGUGGGGCUAAAGUUCCCGUCGCCUACCUUAGCGCGAAGUUAGGUGGUACCUAUCUGCUCCGCCCAGGUUUACCAGAUUGCGGCUUGUAUCAAGCUCCCCACGAUGGUCAGGUCGUCAAGAUGAUAUCGCGGCAAGCGUAUGCACCCACGCCCCACAGCUACGUGCCCAAUACUUCUCUGUCGGCAACAAUCAACCUCGACGAGGAGGUCAAACUCGCCGACACCAGAGCUGAACGAGACCUUCAGGACUCUUUAGCGGAAAUCUUCAGCAUACUCGUUACCCUCGACGAGCUCGAGAAGGCGUUCCUCAAGGAUGCGAUCCCCGAGUCAGACUACACGGAGAUAUGCGACCGGUCGCUGAAGCAGUACAAGUCCAUCCUCGCGGACGAGACGGUCUCGAGGGCCUUCGUGGGCUUGGAGGAGUUCAAGGCCGAAUGGGACCUUGAGGUACCACGGGCGACUGAGCGGAUACGGGUCGGGAUGCCGUCGACCGCCAUGACGGCGUCCUCGGCGCCCGCACCUGCCGCAGCAGGCGGCACCAGCGGAACUCUCAUCUUGGAGGCCACCCAGGAUUUUAUCACGUUCUUGGACGCGUUGCGACUGGGCCUGUUGGCCAAAGACCAGCUCCACCCCUUGCUAACGGAUGUCAUCCAGUCGGUCAACAAGGUCACGGACCGGGACUUUGAGAGCAGGGGCAAGAUAGUGCAGUGGCUCAUCACUCUGAACCAGAUGAAGGCGACGGAGGAGUUGAGCGAGACGCAGGCCCGCGAGUUGGAGCUUGAUAUUAAUUCUGCGUACCAAGGGUUCAAGGCUACCCUUUCGUAGACAAACACUCUUUAGUUCUCUGAAAACAACCAUGUAAAUAGGAGG